UUUUAUUCUUUUGUACUCGUUUCAGAAAGUGUUGUCGCAGAGAGAAAUACGGCCUGUAUCCAGAGAACGGUUGAUUAUCACUGCUGUCGAUUUCCAUUCCGCUACAAAGGAGUAAAAUACAAGAAAUGCACGAAUAAUGGGGACGCCAAGGGCCGCUUUUGGUGCGCCACUGAAGACGUUAGACAUCGCAGUAACGAAACUACCAGUUGGGGCUACUGCAAAUGUAAGCUUCCUUUAAAUCUCAUCGAUCCAGUUAACCUAGAUCUCAAGAAGGUAUUCUCAGAGGAGUAAGUUUUACUGACCUCACUUGUCUUCCCUUCACGCAGUGAGGAAAUCGCAGUGUCUUGUAAAGACUACAGAUGGAGAAUGUUGCAAAUUCCCGUUUAAAUAUCUUGGUAAAGACUACAUCAGCUGCGCAGCCACUGAUAAUGAUCCAAAUGGUGAAUACUGGUGUGCAACAGAGAAUGAAUUUGACAGGAAUCUGAGCGGAUCGGGCUGGGGUUAUUGCGCAGGUCAGUUUAACCUUCGCAAUAUACUGAUGGUUUCUUUUUCUUUUGACAAAUAACAGAAUAGACUAUCAAAAUGAUUGAAAAUUGCUUACAAUCGGUCACAAUAAAAAUAAAACACAUACUUAUGUGUGUAAGCCAUAUUUUUAUCACCAUUCGCUCUGACUAAGGGCUAACGCUCGAAACGUCAGUUUAGAAACUCUUUACUCUCUAAAGUGACGUGUCUGAAUAAAUAACGAUGUCUAUAAAAGCUAAGUGUGCGUUUAUUUGGUAUGUCUAGCUACUCAGCCUUCAGUACAACCACAUCUUUAUGGCCAUGUAAAAGGUACUAACUUUAAACAAAUACGCAGUUCGUUAGGUAAAAAUUGAAAGCUUCUUUUUUUUUUUAAAGAGACCCAACCUCGUAUUGUUAAAUUACAGGGUCAACGUGCUUUUCAUGUCGAAGUAAUACAUCUUGGGCACAUUGUAACAAAAACAUCAUCAAGAAGAUAUGUCCUUAUAAGUUUGAACAUUGCAAUGCCAUAACUAAGGAAGAAACUCACAGCUGGGGAGAAAAUUCGAACAAAUCUGAGAUAGUGACAAAGACGUUUACAAAGGAUUGCUCUUCAGACAGUGACUGUGCCAACCCUGACCUUUACUGCGACGGCCAUCUUAACUGCUUACAUCAGUGUUGUCAUGGAAACUUAUGCAACGCAGGCAAAAGUCAGAGGGGCUAUCUUCAAGGGAUCAUUGUUCUAUCAUUUGCUGCUGUGUUCUCGAUCAACUUUCCCCUGUUAAGAGAAUCUGAAAUAGGAAAUGGCCAUUCCUAG